GUCCCUUACGUACCUUCUAACUAUCCCGGUUCUCUUAGCAUCGUGGGCCAUCUCAAAGAGGCAUCCAAGCUACCGAAAAGGCUUUGCCAGGGUCGCUUGAGCUUGGCCUGAGGUUGUGGGGUCACAUCCACACUGCGGGUAGCCGUGUAGCACAACAUCUUCGCAACACGUCUAUAAAUCCAGCGCUCAACCUCGUCUUUUCCAGGGCAGUUCUCCACAGAGAUCUUCAAGCAUCAGCCUUGGGGAACACUCCUCUCGCCAAGAUGUUGUUGCUUCAACUCAUCACCGCGCUUUUCGUCUACAUCACCACCAUCGUCUCAGCUGCUGACACCAGCGCUUGGAAGUCACGCAGCAUUUACUUUGUCUUGACGGAUCGCAUUGCUCGCAGCAGUACUGACACGGGCGGCUCGCAAUGCAGCAACCUUGGGGCCUACUGUGGCGGAACAUUCAAGGGCCUUGAGUCAAAGCUCGACUACAUCAAGGGACUGGGCUUUGAUGCCAUCUGGAUCACCCCUGUCGUUUCCAACAAGGCUAAUGGAUACCAUGGCUACUGGGCUGAGGACUUGUACGCCAUCAACUCAAACUACGGCACUGCUGAUGACCUGAAGAGUCUGGUCAACACUGCUCACUCCAAGGGAAUCUACAUGAUGGUCGACGUUGUGGCGAACCAUAUGGGACCGGGCGCAAUUACGAACAACCGCCCCGAGCCGUUGAACCAGGCCUCGUCAUACCACGCAGACUGUGCCAUCAACUACAGCAAUCAGACCAGUAUCGAGGUAUGCGAGAUUGCCGAUCUCCCCGACCUCUUCACAACCAAGAGUGAGAUCCGUACCUUGCUCAACACCUGGGUCUCCUGGCUCGUAAAAGGGUACAAGUUUGACGGAGUCCGCAUCGACACGGUCAAGCACGUCGAGAAGGACUUUUGGCCGGGAUUCUCCUCUGCAACCGGUGUUUAUAACAUUGGCGAGGUAUUCGACGGAAACCCAUCUUACCUUGCCGAAUACGCCAAGCUCAUGCCAGGUCUCCUCAACUAUGCGGUUUACUACCCAAUGAACAACUUCUACCAGCAAAAAGGCUCGUCUCAAGCGCUCGUUGACAUGAUGAACACCGUCAGCAACUCGUUCCCUGACCCCACAGCAUUGGGCACCUUCCUGGACAACCACGACAACAAGCGCUGGCUGAACGUGAAGAACGACAGGACUCUGCUCAAGAACGCCCUGGCCUAUGUCAUCCUCGCGCGUGGAAUCCCAAUCCUGUACUACGGAACCGAGCAGGGCUAUGCUGGUGGCGACGACCCAGCUAACCGCGAGGAUCUCUGGCGCAGCAACUUCAACACCAACAGUGAUCUCUACCAAGCCAUCCAGAAGUUGACUAAUGCAAGGAAGGCCGCUGGUGGACUUGCCGGCAACGACCACGUCCACCUGUACGUCGCCGACACUGCCUACGCCUGGAGCCGAGCUGGCGGCAACCUUGUUGUCCUCACCACAAACUCUGGUGGUAGCUCCAGCCCGCAGCACUGCUUCAACACGCAACGGGCCAACGGCCGCUGGACCAAUGUCUACGGCAACGGCGCCACCGUAACGGCCGACGGCAACGGCAACAUUUGCGUCACCGCCACCAACGGCGACCCCGUUGUCCUCGUCGCAGGCGCCAACACCGGCACACCGACUACCCUCUCGCAAAGCGCCGGCCCGGCACCCACCGGCUGCUCUUCCACCGUCUCCGUCUCCUUCACCCAGCGCGUCGUCACCGUCCCCGGCGACACCAUCCGCAUCACGGGUAACACCGCCCAGCUCGGCAACUGGACCCCCACCCAGGGCCUGGCCCUCUCCGCCGCCAGCUACACCUCCAGCAACCCCAUCUGGACCAUCACCGUGCCCCUUGCAGCAGGCUCCUCUAUCCAAUACAAAUUCGUCAAGAUCAGCAGCGGAGGCACAGUUACCUGGGAGAGCGACCCUAAUAGGUCGUACACGGCGCCUACGUGCCAGGCUAGCGACAGCCUGACGAGCUCGUGGCGGUGAUGGGUGUGUGGAACCUGAGAUUGUGAUUACUCCUUUUUUUGGGGGGGGGCUUUCUUGUCUCGUGAGAGUGGAGGGUAGUAGUUGAACCCUCGCUUGCUCGCUCGCUCGCUUCGCUAGCAAAUUUAUGUCAAGCCUUGUGUACAAUUUUACAUACUCUCGGGGGGGUUUUUUUUAACUUCUUCCCUGUGGUAAAAGAUAUGUAGUGACACGAU